ACCAAAUCGUGUCUCCGAAUACCAGUUGGUCAUAAUAUCGUCAUUGCAUUAUUUCUCACUCUUGUUCAUUUCUGUUUUUAAGAAAAUAAAUGCAUCAUACUUGCUCACUGAGUCGUCUCACUUUUUCUAAUUGUUCUUUCCUCUGCGAGAUGACUUCGCAUGCAUCACACUCCCACAGCACUCAAGGUCCCUUCAGGCUAAACGCAAACUUAAUAAGGCCUGAAGUUACAGAGUUUCCUGUUCAGGUUGUAUUUAUCCAUUCAGAAUCACUUUCGUCUCAUGUACGAUCGUUUUAUGAUAUAUCCAUAAUAAAAAUCAUGUGGAUAGUCAUUAGACCUCAAAGCAACGUGCCGUAAAAUAUUUCAACAUAUUCAUUUGUCCUGGUUGCUAAUUCAUGGGCCGAAAGGGUGUUCGCAACGCUCGCUACAAAGUUAAAAAUCGCACAAGAGAUAUUGACCAGAUAUCUCAUGACCUCAAAGAAGAAAAUUUUUCUAAACGAGUUAUUGAAGCUACAGAACCAGAUGAAGAUAAACCCGGUCUUGGUCAGUUUUUUUGUAUCUUUUGCGACAAGUAUUUUAUUGAUCAAAACACUCUUGAUCUUCACAAAAAGCAGAAACCUCAUAAACGAAGGUUAAAGUCUCUAGAAGAACCUCCACAUACACAAGAAGAUGCAGAUUGUGCUGCUGGACUUCUAAAGGAUGACUACAAAAUACCUUCGAAAAAGCUAUGCAUAUCAUCUGAUUUGUACCAACAGAGCAUUCAUUCAAUGCCAACUGUUUCAUAUACUUAUGUAGAAUAAAAAUUCUUAUUGCCAAAUCAUGAUUUUCAUACUGUAUAGUAUCUUUCUUUGUGGUAAUUUUUGUUGUACAUAUAUGUAAUUUUGGAAUUUUAUUUUAAAUAAAGAAAUGGAGAUUUAGA